UACACUUCGUCUUUUCAAUGCGUAUGUGGACAACAUUCAGAUACAGGUCGCAUGUUAAUGCCAAGUGUAAACGCAGCCUGAGUUUAUAUCUCACAACUUUAAAUUUUCUCAUAAUUCCUAAUAUUUAUUACUUGCAAUUCUGAUUUUAAUUUCUCAGAAUUGUGAGAUAUAAACCUGUUUUUUUUACUCUUUAUUCCGUGGAUGAAACAAGCUUCCAUAAAUUAUGUAACAGUCUCUGUCAAUCAGUCAUCCAAAAAAAAAAAAAUAGCUGUAGCCUAUUUCAUGCACAAAAAUGACAAAUCUCAACAAAAUAAGAUGUUAAAGUCUUUGUAUCUUCCUCCUUCAGCUCUGAUGCAUGUGACGCUCUCACAGACUCAUAUGUUUUACUUUGUUCAUGAGAACAUGAACUGGUCCGAAGCUCAGACAUACUGCAGACAGCAUUACACUGACCUCGCCACCAUUGAUGAUCAGACAGAUUAUGAAGAGCUGCUGAACACUGUGCAUGCUGGUUUUGAAGGAAAAUGGAUCUGGAUCUGGACUGGACUCUAUCGGACGAAUGCCGCUGCUCCCUGGACCUGGUCCGAUCAGAGCGAAUCCACGUUCAGAUCAUGGGGGUUUGGACAGCCGAACAAUAACGGUGGCAGUCAAUUUUGCGUGGGAACAUCUCUUAUUGGAACGUUUAAUGAUGUGGACUGUCACCUUAAAUAUGCUGCUGUCUGCUACAAUAAGAGGAGGAGACAGACGGUCAGACUGAUGGUCAAAUCAAGUCAAAAUGUGAACGAUCCUGGAGUGAAGAAAGACAUUUUAGCAAAGAUUGAGCAGAUGCUGAUGGCGAAAGGACUGACAGAAGAUGUUAAACUGACAUAUAGAAUCCAAUCCGAUGGGAAUGUCUUCCAGAAGGAUCAGAUGAUUAAUGUCACUGAACACACUAGCUUUUAAAAGUGAAGAAAUAAAACUUAACUGGCUGUUUAGUAAUAAAAUACAACUUUAUUAAUCUUCUGCAGUGAAAUAAUAGUAGCUUAUAGCAAGAAGUCAAGACAUAUUUACACAUUUUUAGCUGAUUUACAUGUACACAUUAAUUUAGCAGGUACAUUUAUUUAAAGCGACUUACAAAUGAGGAAUAUCACAGGCAAUUUAUCAUAGAGCAACAAUAUUCAUAGGUUUAAUAAAAACUAGACUAGUAAACAAGCUAUAAUAGCAAUAUAAAAGCUGAGGUGAAGUACAGUAAUGAAGAGAAAUAGAACUAGAUAAAUAGGAGUUUUAUUGCUUUGGUUUGUCUGAUCAUCAUUUAUCUGUGUAUCACUAUAUUGCAGAUGUACAGAUCCCUGGAUUAUACUUGAGUACUGUGGCUAAUGCUAAAAUGAAAAUUAAAAAAAAAAAUGCAACUGAACCCUCUGCUGCAAUAUUCAUAACUGACAGUUGUCUAAAAUUAAAGUCAGUGUUAAACUGAGAACUUAUGAAUGUAAAUAUCUUUAAAAAUACCAAUGAACUAUAAUUCAUCUGUGAAGUUUUGGGGAAAUUCUUGAAGCCUGUUUCCUAUGUGGUGACAGUCCUUGGGCUCCAUCUGUUGGACGGCAAUGAUUUGCCAAUCCUAACUGGGGUACAACCACCAGAAAAACUUCACUGAAAAAUGAAUUUACCAUCUUGGGAAUCAUUUUCCACCACAAUACUUCACAAUGGUUCACAAACUUUUUCUGACUUCCUGACUUUUUCUGAACUCCAUUUUAUUUCUUUUUUAUUUCUUUCUUUGAAAUAUUGUAAUUAUUAGAACUUCAGGAUAUGAAGUCUUUAAGGGCUGGCCCAUGCUAAAUGA